AUGAGUCCGGGAAAUCAACAGGUUGAUGCCAUCACUAAUGACGGCUUUUCAUCAGAAAUCGACUUCAGUGAUUUUGAAUUUGACCAGCCUACUAAUUUCAAAGACUCCUCCCAUACACAAACAUCUACUUCAUAUAACAGCAAUGAUUUUGAAAAAGACUUGGACCGCGAGCUGAAUUCAUCUAAGCAACAGCAACAGCAACAAGAAACCCAAGAAACCCAAGAAACCCAAGAAACCCAAGAAACUCAAGAAACUCAAGAAGAACAAACAUCUAAACCUACUACGGAGCCAGCGUGUUAUCCUCCUCAGCUUAUUAUCCGGAUUCUUUCGUCUAUGGCAUUUCGAAAUAGUGAUACAAGAAUUUCUGCCGAAGCGCUGGACGCUGUUGCAGAGUACUUAAGAAUUUUUACCCGUGAAGCUAUCUGGCGAUCCGAAAACGAACGGCGGUUGGAGAUUACAAACGCUGAAGGACCGAGGCUUGGUGAAAAUGAAACUGAUGAAAAUGAUAACAGGAUGCUGCAGGUCCGGCACUUGACAAAGAUAUCUUCGGACCUAAUACUAGACUUUUAA